CGGGGAUUGGCCGGCGAGCGGUUUCGCUGGGGUUAUGUUGACGGCUCCGGUCAGGGAAUUUCAACUUCGGAUGUGGCUGAGCUGAAAGCGACAGUUACUGAAGUCCAUUUGCCUAUAGAAGACUGUUUCCUCAAAACAAUCAGCAUAACCUGUGACCAUGAUGACUGAAGUUGGCCCAGAGACUGAAGUAAAGAAGGAAUCUGAGCAGCUAGGGGCAGAUGCAGCCAAGGAAAAACAUGAGGAAGCAACGGAGAGUCAGGAAAAUCAAAAGUCUGAAAAGACACUCUCUGAAGAGGCACAACGUUCUCCUUCCCCAACCCUAGCUACCCAAAGCAGCCCAAGUAGUCAGAAGAAGGAAAAAGAUCCAUCUGAAGGCAAGGGAAUCUCUCGCUUUAUCCCCCCAUGGCUUAAGAAACAAAAAUCAUAUACCUUGGUCGAGCCCAAAGAUGAAGCCAAGAGAGAACCUGUAGAGGAAAGACAGGCAGUGGAGGAGAGGGAAAGUCAACUUCCAGACGAUAUGGCUCAGCCGAAGGAAAACUUGGAAGAAGCAACAAUUGAGAGUCAACAGGAAGCUAAAGCAGAUGACAAGGAGGAGGAGAAGCAUUCUGUGAGCAGUGCUGACACACAGCCUGCUAAAGAAGACAAUAAAGAGAUUGAAGUAGAGAAAGUUGCCAACGAGCAAGAAGAAAAACAAAAAGAAAAGAGGGAGACCAAAGAGGUACAAACAUCUGAAAUCAAAAUGGAGAAAGCGCCUCAGAAAGCUCCCAAGAAGAUUAAAACUGUGCUGUGCAAAGUGAUGCUCCUGGAUGGCACCGAAUACAGCUGUGACCUAGAGAAAAGAGCUAAAGGCCAGAUGCUAUUUGACAAGGUGUGCGAACAGCUCAAUUUACUGGAAAAGGACUAUUUUGGCCUGUUGAUUCGAGAUAAUUCAGAUCAGAAGAACUGGUUAGAUUCUUCAAAGGAAAUCAAGAGGCAAGUUAGAAGUUUACCCUGGCUAUUCACCUUUAAUGUAAAGUUUUAUCCUCCUGAUCCUUCACAGUUGACUGAAGACAUUACCAGAUAUUUCCUGUGCCUGCAGCUUCGUCAGGAUAUUGCUUCUGGCCGACUGCCAUGUUCUUUUGUGACUCAUGCCCUCCUUGGUUCAUAUACUCUGCAGGCCGAGCUAGGUGACUAUGAUUCAGAGGAGCACAAUAGCCAUUAUAUCAGCGAAUUCCAAUUUGCACCCAAUCAAACAAAAGAGAUGGAGGACAAAGUAGUAGAACUGCACAAAACACACAGGGGCUUGACUCCAGCACAGGCAGAUUCUCAUUUCUUAGAAAACGCCAAGAGGCUUUCCAUGUAUGGAGUGGACUUGCAUCAUGCCAAGGAUUCAGAAGGUGUGGACAUCAUGCUUGGUGUAUGCGCUAAUGGGCUACUUAUUUACAAGGAUAGACUCAGAAUCAACCGUUUUGCUUGGCCCAAAAUUUUGAAAAUCUCUUAUAAACGCAGUAACUUCUACAUCAAAGUCAGGCCAGCAGAGCUGGAACAGUUUGAAAGCACCAUUGGGUUCAAAUUGCCAAACCAUCGGGCUGCUAAAAGGUUAUGGAAGGUUUGUGUGGAGCACCAUACUUUCUACAGACUUGUAUCACCAGAACAGCCUCCUAAGGCAAAGUUCCUGACCUUGGGUUCCAAGUUCCGCUACAGUGGCCGUACUCAAGCACAGACACGGCAGGCUAGCAACCUUAUAGACAGACCAGCUCCAUACUUUGAGCGCACCUCAAGCAAACGUGUAUCCAGGAGUCUUGAUGGGGCUCCUGUGGGUAUCACAGACCAAAGUCUGCUAAGGGACUUUUCUGCUACCACAGUGGGACCUGCUGGUGAAAAGGUCUUUGAUGGUGAAGCUGUUGGCCAGACCAAGUUAAAAAAUGGUGAAGGUAGAGAUGAGGAUGGAAGCCCAACUAAAAUUCCACAACUGGAAUUAACCCAGGAUGAAAAGGUGGAGGAAGACCGAAGUGGCUUAAUAAUUUCAGCAGCAUCUCUGGCCGAAACAAUAAAGGUGGAAACCGGAGAGGAGGAAACACAGCAACAGGACCUGGAUAAGACCCAGGACGACUUACUGAAACAUCAGGCUAGCAUUAGUGAACUCAAGCGCAAUUUCAUGGAAUCCACACCUGAGCCACGCCCCAAUGAAUGGGAAAAGCGGCGUAUUACACCUCUGUCUCUACAGACACAAGGGAAAAAAGGAGACCACUUUUUCCAAAGGAAAAAACUGCCUGUGGAGGAGAAGCAAUGGACUGCAGUGACAUGGAUUACUGAGGCAAAAACAGAAGAAACUAACCAGAGCCUAGAAGAGGAAAUAACGUCAAUUUUAUUUAGUAAGGAGGGCUUUUCCACUAGCAUGAAAUCUACCUUCACUUCAUCCACCGCACGGACAGCAGAGGGCACUGUUGUGAAAGAUAAUGUACCUUCUGAAAUGCUUUCUGCCUCACCCUUCUUACAACUGCCUGAGAAACUUCCUUCCAGAGCAGAAGGGCCUUGCACUGGAGCCAGCGAUGCUGAUAAGAGUUCACAUGAGACUCUGAACGUACUGGAGGAGAAGAAGCAGGCAGAGAUGGGGAUAGAAGAGACUGUAGUCAUAGAUGAAAUCAACAGAGGGAAAAUGCAAUCUGUCACUGGUGCUGGGGAGACCUGUAAGGUGGAACAUGCGUCAAAAAAGGACUCUUCUUCAUUGUCAUCAGAUAGCAGCAGCAACAGCAGCAGUAGUGAGAGUGAGGAUGAAGUGGUGGGAGAGUAUCAGCCCCAUCACAGGGCAGCUGAGGACAUCAUAAGAGAAGAACAAGAAGAAAAUGAAGAUGCCAAAAGAAAGGAGGAGUGUGCAACAAAAGUAAUACAGAGUGUGGAAACUGUACAAGAAGGCAGUAUAGUAACAGUUGAGCACACGCAAGUUACAGCGAAGGCUUUGGCCCAGGAAAAUGCGGUUGCCAUAAAAACUGCAGAGAAGAAUGUAAUGGAAGAGGGGAAGCAAGACCUGAGAGCAGAAGAUGAGGAAGAACAGCUCAGAAUAAAUGGAGACGUGUCUCAUGUUGACAUUGAUGUUGUGCCACAAAUAAUUUGUUGUUCUGAGCCUCCGGUAGUAAAGACCGAGAUGGUGACCAUUUCAGAUGCCACACAGAGAACAGAAAUCUCCACCAAGGAAGUCCCAAUUGUUCAAACAGAGACUAAAACUAUCACAUAUGAAUCUCCACAGUUUGAUGGCAGUGCAGGUGGUGAUGCUGGUGUUCUGUUGAGUGCACAGACUAUAACGUCUGAAUCAGUUUCUACAACUACAACCACACAUAUCACUAAGACAGUAAAAGGUGGAAUAUCAGAAACAAGGAUUGAGAAGCGCAUUGUCAUCACUGGAGAUGCAGAUAUUGACCAUGACCAGGCACUGGCACAAGCAAUCAAAGAAGCCAAAGAGCAGCACCCUGACAUGUCUGUCACGAGGGUAGUGGUGCAUAAAGAAACUGAACUUGCUGAGGAAGGCGAGGAGUAAGGUCAAG